AAUUAGGGUGGGGUAAGAGAUUGUCUCUUUCCCCCGCCCCCAGUUUUCUUUGCUUUCUUUAACCAGUUUAGGGAAAAGGCUGGAUUAUGGGGAAGAGAGAAGGAAUUUCCCUGAAGCUCUUGGUCUCCCCCUCAACCCCUUUCAAUAGGAGCUGGGCAAGGGCCAGCUGUGUUGGCAGGGCUUCCAGCAGCUGUGCUAGGGCAAGAGACACUGCAGGGUGAGGUUAUAGGGGAGGGGUACUGCCAGGACUUUUCCGUCAUACGGUGGGUAGACAAACCCAGCUUGGAUGCCUGGGAUCCCCAUCCAGAGUGGCUGGAAGCUGGGGAAGCAGGAAGAAAGAGACUCUGGUUCUAACUGUAAACAACCUAACCUUCCCCCGUCUUCCCAUCUCCAGCUAGAUUUCUAACCUCCAAGGUAUCCAGUUCAAUGUUCUGCCCCCAGCUGGUCUCUUUGUGUCCCUACUGUGUUCAUGUCCAACCACUUUUCCCAUGUUCCCCAGGCUCUGUGAGUGCCACACAUUGGGGAGGGGGUGGGGGCCAUCAUGUCAUCGUAUCAGAAGGAACUGGAGAAAUACAGAGACAUAGAUGAAGAUGAGAUCCUAAGAACCUUGAGCCCUGAGGAGCUAGAGCAGCUGGACUGCGAGCUACAAGAGAUGGACCCUGAGAACAUGCUCCUGCCAGCUGGACUAAGACAACGUGACCAGACAAAGAAGAGCCCAACGGGGCCUCUGGACCGAGAGGCCCUUUUGCAGUACCUGGAGCAGCAGGCACUAGAAGUCAAAGAGCGUGAUGACUUGGUGCCCUUCACAGGCGAGAAGAAGGGGAAACCCUACAUUCAGCCCAAGAGGGAAAUCCCAGCACAGGAGCAGAUCACCCUGGAGCCUGAGCUGGAGGAGGCGCUGGCACAUGCCACAGAUGCUGAGAUGUGUGAUAUUGCAGCAAUUCUGGGCAUGUACACAUUGAUGAGCAACAAGCAAUACUAUGAUGCCAUCUGCAGUGGAGAAAUCUGCAACACCGAAGGCAUUAGCAGUGUGGUACAGCCUGACAAGUAUAAGCCAGUGCCGGAUGAACCCCCAAAUCCCACAAACAUUGAGGAGAUACUAAAGAAGGUUCGAAGCAAUGACAAGGACCUAGAGGAGGUGAACCUCAAUAACAUACAGGACAUCCCAAUACCCAUGCUAAGUGAGCUGUGUGAGGCAAUGAAGACGAAUACCUACGUUCGGAGCUUCAGUCUGGUGGCCACGAGGAGUGGUGACCCCAUCGCCAAUGCGGUAGCUGACAUGUUGCGUGAGAAUCGUAGCCUCCAGAGCCUGAACAUUGAAUCCAACUUCAUUAGCAGCACAGGGCUUAUGGCUGUGCUGAAGGCAGUUCGGGAAAAUGCCACACUCACUGAGCUCCGUGUAGACAACCAGCGUCAGUGGCCUGGUGAUGCAGUGGAGAUGGAGAUGGCCACCGUGCUAGAGCAGUGUCCCUCCAUUGUCCGCUUUGGCUACCACUUUACACAGCAGGGGCCACGAGCUCGGGCAGCCCAAGCCAUGACCCGGAACAAUGAACUACGUCGCCAGCAAAAGAAGAGAUAACACUACCUUUCCCUUCACCAACUAGAGCUGGGAGCACUGGACACUUAAAUCCUCAUCUAUCCCCCUUUCCUGUAAAUAAAAGCCCUUAUGUCCA